UUGGUGAUUGCUAGGGGACAGACAGCUUCAGAUCAAGCGCUACUGCUACAUCUUUAAUUUAGGGCACAAAAAAACACCCCCAACAGCCGUUUUUCAUCCCUUGUGGAGCAUUGUUUAACUUCUGUCUUGACACAGCUGCUGGACGUUUCUUGGUCUUUGAUGGAAGCUAAACCCAGCGGACGCCUGCUGUGUGCUAAACUAGAUGAUGUAGUUUAGCCUUUUCCUAGUUGUGUGUUUAUCAGGUGUGACAGACGAAGCCGAGUCUCUGGGAAGACCAUUAUCUACUUUCAUUUGUUCCUGAGAUCAAGAACUUCAAACUGGCUGAAAUGGAUGAACAAAGUGUCGAGAGCAUCGCAGAGGUGUUUCGCUGCUUCAUAUGCAUGGAGAAACUGAGGGACGCUCGUCUCUGCCCGCACUGCUCCAAACUCUGCUGCUUCAGCUGCAUACGACGAUGGUUGACGGAGCAGAGAGCCCAGUGUCCACACUGUCGGGCUCCGCUCCAGCUGAGGGAGCUAGUCAACUGUCGCUGGGCAGAGGAGGUCACCCAGCAGCUGGACACUCUGCAGCUCUGCAGCCUCACUAAGCAUGAGGACAACGAUAAGGACAAAUGUGAGAACCACCAUGAGAAGCUGAGCGUUUUCUGUUGGACCUGUAAGAAAUGCAUCUGUCACCAGUGUGCUCUGUGGGGAGGCAUGCACGGUGGCCACACCUUCAAGCCUCUGGUGGAGAUAUACGAGCAGCAUGUAACCAAAGUAAAGGAGGAGGUCGCCAAGCUCCGCCGCCGCCUCAUGGAGCUUAUCAGUCUGGUGCAGGAAGUGGAGAGGAACGUAGAGGCUGUGAGGGGAGCGAAGGACGAGAGGGUCAGAGAGAUCCGAAACGCUGUGGAAAUGAUGAUUGCUCGUCUGGACAACCAGCUCAAGAACAAACUCAUCACCCUCAUGGGCCAGAAGACGUCCUUGACCCAGGAGACGGAGCUGCUGGAGUCUCUCCUGCAGGAGGUGGAGCAUCAGCUUCACUCAUGCAGUAAGAGUGAACUGAUCUCCAAGAGCCCAGAGAUCCUGCUCAUGUUCCAGCAGGUCCAUCGGAAACCCAUGCAGUCCUUCGUCACCACGCCAGUCCCUCCUGACUUCACCAGUGAGCUGGUUCCUGCUUAUGACUCCAGCAAUUUUGUUCUGGUCAACUUCAGCACCCUAAGGCAGCGGGCUGACCCGGUCUACAGCCCUCCUCUACAGAUAUCCGGGCUCUGCUGGAGACUCAAAGUCUAUCCAGAUGGUAAUGGUGUGGUCCGUGGAAACUACCUGUCUGUGUUCUUGGAGCUGUCUGCUGGACUCCCUGAAACAUCAAAGUAUGAGUACCGUGUGGAGAUGGUCCACCAGGCCUCCAGUGACCCAACCAAAAACAUUAUUCGGGAGUUUGCCUCCGACUUUGAGGUUGGUGAAUGCUGGGGCUACAACCGCUUCUUCAGACUGGACCUUCUGGCCAGCGAGGGCUACCUGAACAUGCAGACCGACACACUGGUCCUCCGCUACCAGGUUCGCUCACCCACCUUCUUCCAGAAGUGCAGAGAUCAGUACUGGUACAUCAGCCAGUUGGAAUCGGCCCAGAGCGGCUACAUCCAGCAGAUAAACAACCUCAAAGAGAGAUUGGCCAUCGAGCUGUUUCGCCACCAGACGUCGCGCAGCUCCUCACCCCCUGACCUAAGGCUCGCUGCAGGCACCACAGCCUCUGAAAGAGACCCUCGCUCAGUCAAGAGUGACGAUGAUAUCCAGACUACUUUAAUCAAGACAAAAAAAGCAGAAGAAGACGAGAGGACCCAGCACGAUGACUCUAAUGAGCUGUCGGACGGUGACUUGGAGGUGGACUGUCUGACAGAGGAGGAGGUGAACCCGCUGGACGGCAGCAGCACCUCGGGGAGCUCCACAGCCACCAGCAACACAGAGGAGAACGACAUAGAUGAGGAGACCAUGUCAGGAGAGAAUGAUGUAGACUUUAUUGGGAAUCUGGAGACAGAAGAAGGAGAGCUCCCUGAUGACUUGGCUGGAGCCACAGGUGGAUCCAGCUCCAGUGUGCGCUCCUUACAUCGCAGUGGUUCUGCUGGUCGCAGUGCCAGUAGUAGCGGAGCUGCUGCCGGUGCUGUUGGACCAGGCGGCGGCGGCGGCAGCAGCAGCCUCCUGGAGAUUGACCCGGUCAUCUUGAUCCAGCUGCUGGAUCUAAAGGAACGCAGCAGCGUGGAGUCUCUGUGGGGCCUUCAGCCUCGGCCUCCUGUAUCUCUACUGCACAGCCAAGCUCAUCCACACUCCAGGAAAGAACGAGAGCGGCGGCCUCAGGUGGUGCGACGAUCAGCUCCAGACUCAGGGGUCCUGAUCCGCCUCAAGGCUCAGAUGGCUGAAGUCCGUAGCAAGAUGUCUGAUGUCAAGAGUCAAGUGCUGGAGGCUCGGGGGUCUGGAGAGCCCAGGCCUGGCCCAUCAGGGGGGUUUAGUGUGGAGGAGGCACCCUCUCACCAUGCUGAUUCAGAGUUGUCAGCUUGUCGUAAACCUGGUGAGCUGGACCUGCUGGGGAGAGCAGCUGCAGCUCGGUCCAGGCCCUCCCGCCCUGCCAGGAAAUCUCUGUCCCCUGUCCUAGACAGCAGUGGAUCUAUGGUUGUGAAGAGGAGGAGUCCAGAGGAGCUGGAGAAGGACCUGAGAGGAGCAGACUUAGCCACAGAGCUCAGCCUGCAUCUUAAAGAGGGGCUUGGAGGUGCUGAAGGAAUGCUGAAGGGCGACAUCACCCAGAGCCCCCUUGUUUCUCUCGGCAGCUCAUCAUCAGAGCAGGCCUCCACUUCCAAGCCGCAGUACUCAGUGGAGCAGCAGCUGUACGGUGCCUCGGGGUCCAGGGAUGACAUUUACUCUUUGGGAGGACCAAGCUACUUGACUGGCAGCAAGAACUGUGGCAGUAGGACCCUAGGGGCGGCCAUGUUGGACUGUGAAUCUGAAAGCUCAGGAAACUCCCAUCAGUCCAUAACACCCUCAGUGUCAGUGGAGAUAGAUCAGUCUCCUUCUAUCCUGGUGGCAGCAACAAGCAGUGACAGUGACACUGAGGACGAGGCUCUGCAGAGCAACAACUCUCGCUAUGACAACCAGACUCCUCCCUGCACAGGAGAGCAGCUUCUGUCCGAUGACAUGAGUCUGCCUGCUGACAGGUGAUUCCCUCGGAGCCUGUCAGACCUGGAGCCCUGCUGCUUUAUCCUCAGUGGCCACACAGCGAUGCGAUAACGGCCGGAGACAACACACACAUGCUAGUUACACAGAUCUGUAGAGUAGAAAACUGCUUGUUAACGCAUGAAGUUAAAAUGAAGAGAGUGCAACAGCUCAUAUUACUCUUGGUGUCCUGAAUAUUUACAAAACUGGACCAUGACAGAAAUCAUGGUGAUGUCGGCCAGUUAUUCAGAUGGUUGUGAUGGUGUUAAGGAAAAUGUUAACUGUUCACAUGACUGCAUGAUAUCCAAGUCAUUGAUAUUGUGUGAAUACAAUCAAACUGCCCUCUUUUUUUAAAAAGAGAAUCAACAUUUGAAUCUUAUCCAAUUUUUUAAAAGCAGUUUUAUGUUUUCACCCUCUUCUUGGUCAUUAUUAUGUAGGGUUGCACAUACUUCAAUUCUAGGUCAGUUCGGUAAAUACGUCAGAGGAAAACAUGACCACCACAGCCAAGUGUCUGAAUCUCUGUCUGGGGCAUAAAAAACGUUGCUUUAGCUUCUUACAUUUAUUUUGCAAAUAUGAACUAUUAAAUUUUUCUUGAAUUGCAGGGCAUUAAGCCACUUCACACAAAUAUAAGUGUAGAAAUGUUUUUGUAAAUGACAAGUUUACAAACAUAUUUGCAAGAGUCUGAGGAAAAACCGUACAUAAUCGGUAGCCUGUCAAUAAGAGCUUUGUUGUUGAUGUUAAAUUCAGUUGGUAUGGCCUUUAGUCUCCACAUCUACGUGACUUCCUUCACCCAUGUCUCUGCAUUAACCAGCUUUAGUCCUAAAAAGACUUUAUUCAACAUUCAGUCUUAGUGAUGCCGCAGCUUGUCGACUGCAUAAAUUCAUUGCUUUUUUUUUCCUGCCUUGAACGUGUAGUGCUUAAAUCGGUUUUCUGGUCAUUUGUGUAAAUGUCUUCUCUCUUAGUAAGAACGGCAGCAGCAACCACAGUGUCUGUCUUUAUGUGACAUUUGAAAAGGCUAAAUGAUCACUGAAUCACACGGAUUAUAAAACUGUCGCUGCAGUGAUGAAGCAUACUCCAGAUCUGACUACAUAACAAUGUACAAGCAGGUGCUUCGACAUCUGCUCGGACAUCACUGACCAGAGCUUUAAGUGCACCAUACCUGAUGGCUUCCACCCACAGAGAGCUACCUUACUACAGUUUAUGCACUACACGGCAGAAAAAGUCAGAUAUUAUUAUUCAUUUGAAAGAGUUUCUGGCAGAGAGCUGAGUGAGAAGAUCGAUACCACUCUCACAUCUGUACGGUAAAUAUAAAACUUCAGCCUGCAGCUGGUUAGCAAAGCUUAGAAAGCCUGAGACUGGGAAACAGCUAGCCUUGCUAUGUCUAAAUAUAAUAAGAUCUGCCUCUCCCCUCAGAUCCCACUGUGCUGACACUGUGGAGGUAGGAGUCUCUCUCUCUAAAUCAACUCUGAAUCAGACAGUACUGCUCUCCAAGGGUGGAAACUUUGAGAUAGGUUGUACCUCUGGCUACAGUCAAGUGACGUCACCGCAGCUGCUUUCCAUCAGUUAUCAAACACAAAAUACGAAAAUAGUAUAUAUAUAAUAUAAAUAGGAAAUAGAAAGGCUGUGAUAACGCUGUGAAAAGAGUCUAUACCCGGUUUGUAUUUAGUGUAGAAAAAGCACAGCAAUUUUAUUUUUUAAGGGUUGGUUCACUCAAAUUACAAAUGAACAUGUUCUCACUUCCCUGUAGUUGUAUCUCUCAUGCAGGUUUUUGUUUUAUUUGUCUAAGUUUGGAGCACUCUGCCAGUACAAGAGGGCUGCAACCAGUGGUUGUUUGAAUUAUUAUUUAAUUUACCCAUUAUUUUCUCAAUUGUCCUGCAAAGAGCUUUAAAAAAGCACUAUAUCCCAGAACCCUGGGUGAUACUUUUAGAUAUCCAAUGCCAAUAAUCUUCCUAGAUUAUUGGCAUUUAGUUUGCGGAGCUCUGAAAAAUGACAACACAAAUGGCAACACAUCUUUCCAGAAACACAAUGUCCCUGUUACUCUUGAUAAUACAAAGAACAUACUGUCACUAAACAGUUUUCAAAGGAAUACUUGGAACUUUUUUCUUCAGUAGAAAGUAUUUCAGUUGAAAAAGCUGACAUCGUGUUCUAUGGAGUACAUAGAACAGCGACAUUGACUCUGGGGGGGGUAAAAGUCUGGUUAAUUUUUCCCAUGCCUUGAGCUUUAUUUAUUGGGCAAGAGGCAGAAAUGUUUCCAGACCUGGACGAAUAAAACAAAAAUCUGCAGGUAUUUACUAGUAGAGGUGAGAUAAAUAAUGUUUUUUUGUAAUUUGGGUGAAUGAACGCCUAACAGCAAAGGUUUAAACAUAUGUGUAAUUAUAUAACAUGCGCUUGGAGCUGCACUGAUGGCCCACUGUUUCACUGGCUUUCAUCAAAAAGUUCUUGAUAUAGUGUUUUUCACCUUUAAUACACCCAACAAACAGCAAAAACGUGUCAAAGGCUGCUGCAAAAUGGUACACUUUAUUGGGAGAAAGCACGUGUUCCAGCUGAUGAGGCAGAGAACAGAAGUACUUGGAAGUUUAGCAGUUUAACAGACAUUUCUGCACUUAGUAAGAGCCAUAUCUUAUUUUGAAGGCCACUUAAUCUUUGGAUCAAAGAAACAACAUUAUUGUACACGUCUACAGUCAUUAGUUUACUGUGUAAAUAUCUUGAUACAGUUGUGGAGCUUGCUGUACAUGUGCCUGAAAGUGCAUGGCUUUAUUGGCAAGACUGUAGGAGGAAGAACGUUUUUGUUUACACCAAGACAUGUCAAGUCACACGGAAAUCAUCCAGUAGGGUGACCUCUGCAAACCCAGCCCACUUAAUCAUGUGAUUUAUGACUUUUGUUACUUGACUUUUCCUUUGUUACUGUUUCUUUACAUGUUCACUUACGUGAUCAAUGCCUGGGAAAUGGCUGCCAAGCUCUCUCCGUUUAUUAAUCUCUUAUUUGUGCUUGUUGUGUCAAAAGCUGCUUUUAUUUUGAAUGUUCUCAGAAUGCACUGUGCAUUAUUUAAUGUGUACAUUUCAUUAUUGUGUAAUAAAUAAAAUGUUUUAUGAUCCUG